AUGCAGCAUCUGCAACCCUCCACCCCUCCCCAGGUCAUUCGUCUAGCCAUCGCCAAGUUCUCCCAUACCACCACUGCUAUUGAUCAUGUCGGUCCACUGACCUGGAAUCAUGUCCCAGGAAAGGUAGACCUUGUUUGUAUCUUUGAGAAGUUCCUCAAUCUCGAGUCGGUGCCAUCGAAAAUGAUUCAGAAAGUGGUUCGAGGUGAUAGCAUCCUGAUUCGCCGUUUUCAGAUCAAGUUUACUACAGAGCGUGAAUACUUCGCGGCCUUGACUCUUCUGGGCGAAAUCAACUGUCCAUUGACAGAAGGCAAGAUACCAGUUCCAGCCCUACAACGAUUUCCUUCGGCCUCGUCAUGGACGUCCGGACAGCCAUCUUCAGUUGCUACUAGGGCUAUAAACACGGCGGCAACUCCAUUUGGCAACAACGGAGUCCACUUUUACCCCGCAGGAGCGUUAGGGUCUGGAAGGACAAGGAUCUCACACUUUUAUUUUUGUAGCACCAAUUAG